AUGGCAACUAUUAACGACAGCAUGGAAAGAACUGCACAACAAAUGACGGAUAAAAGAAGUGUUGAACAUGACCGUAUUAUCAAUGAACUGAAAAAGAAAGACGCUCAGAGUAAAGCACAACUGGAACAACUUUUAGAACAGUAUCGUAGAGCCGUUGCUUCUGAAGAAUAUGCCAUUGCACAAUCGAAACAAUACAAGGAAAAUUAUGAAAACUUACUUCACCGUUUUCAUAAAGAUGGAUCAAAGGAAGGAUGGGAAAUAAAUAAACAUCGACGAUGA